GGAGUGGAAAUUGGGUUAAAGACUUUAGAGUCUUCCCUUGUUGUGCUCGGUGGCAAUCGCAGACUUCCAAACCCUCUCCUCCAAUCCCAUCCAUUGACAAUGUCUCCCUUGCCGAAGCUCCUAUUGCUGAUCCUCACGGUGGCCGUCUCCUCCGCGAUGGCCUCCGAUGACGAAAGAGUGAGCGAAUUGCUCUCCCUCCAAUCCAGAUCCAAAUCGGGCGUCAUCCGCCUCAACGACCAAUCGCUUUCCCGCUUCCUCACCGCCGUCAAAACCCCGCGGCCCUACUCCAUCCUCCUCUUCUUCGACGCCGCGCAGCUCCACGACAAGCAGGAGCUCCGCCUCACCGAACUCCACAACGAAUUCUCCAUCGUCGCAACCUCUUUUCUCACCAACAACCCUUCUAAUUCCAAACUCUUCUUCUGCGACAUCGAGUUCAAGGAGUCCCAGCUCAGCUUCUCUCAAUUCGGCGUCAACGCCCUCCCUCACAUUCGCCUAAUUGGGCCUAACAUGAGCCUGAAGGACUCCGAGCCCAUGGACCAGGGCGACUUCUCCCGACUCGCCGAGUCCAUGGCCGAGUUCGUCGAGGCCAAGACCAAAAUCUCCGUGGGUCCCAUCCACCGUCCCCCCGUCUUCUCCCGCAACCAGUUGAUCCUCAUCGCGGUCGUCAUUGUCAUCUGGAUCCCAUUUUUCAUCAAGAAGGUUAUCACGGGGCAGACCCUUCUCCACGACCCUAAGGUCUGGUUGGCCGGUUCCGUCUUCGUUUACUUCUUCAGCGUUUCCGGGGCUAUGCAUAACAUCAUUCGCAAGAUGCCCAUGUUUCUCGUGGACCGAAACGAUCCUUCCAAACUCGUGUUUUUCUACCAGGGUUCCGGGAUGCAGCUUGGUGCAGAGGGUUUUACCGUCGGCUUUCUUUACACUGUUGUGGGCCUUCUCUUGGCGUUUCUGACCCACGGGCUUGUCAGGGUUAGGAACGUGAGUGUGCAGCGGGUGGUUAUGAUUUUCGCGCUCUUGGUUUCGUUUUUGGCUGUGAAGCAGGUUGUUUACUUGGAUAACUGGAAGACGGGUUACGGGAUUCAUGGGUUUUGGCCCUCUAGCUGGAAUUGAGGUUUGAUGACGCUUCUGGGUCUGAUUCCCAUUUUGAAAUCUAAACAUUAACAAAAUGUCUUCUUAUGUUAGAACUUUGCCGGAUGUCAUACUAUAUAGCUUAUUUUUUAGUACUAAAGUUUUUAUUAUCUGGGUA